CACGAACCAGAGGCCUGGAGGUGAUUCAGCUGUUUCCAGAGAACGGCAAUAUGGGCAAAAUCUUGCCUGAAUAUCUGAGCAACUGGACCACAGAGAAAGUCAGAAGAGAGGGUGUUAAUGUCAUGCCUAACGCUGUGGUCAAGUCCGUCUCUGUCUGUGGCAAUCGGCUGAUGAUUAAACUGAAAGAUGGCCGAAAGGUGGAGACGGAUCAUAUUGUGGCUGCAGUAGGGCUGGAGCCUAAUGUGGAAUUAGCAAAGUCAGCUGGGCUGGAGGUGGACUCUGACUUUGGAGGGUUCAGGGUGAAUGCGGAGCUGCAGGCACGCUCCAAUAUCUGGGUGGCAGGGGAUGCUGCCUGCUUCUAUGAUAUCAAACUAGGUAGGAGACGUGUGGAGCACCAUGAUCAUGCCGUUGUGAGUGGAAGACUAGCUGGAGAAAACAUGACAGGAGCUGCGAAGCCCUACUGGCAUCAGUCCAUGUUCUG